AUACAUAGCAUCCCACUUUUCAUGUUGAUUACAUUUAUAUUUCUUGUGCAGAACAAAAUUGGCAAGUCAGAAAGUCAGUUCAAGGAAAUAGGAUAGUAACGCGCGACAGAAAAGAAACAAAUCUAUAUUUAAGUCGUUUAACGGGUUUUACAGAAAAUCAUUAUAUAAUAUUGUUCAGAAUUGAGCGAUAAUUGAACGACGAGGACUAAAAACGGUUAACGCGAUACGAUAUGUCGAAACGACACCGCUAGCGAGUAAACAAAUAUAUUAAUACAGGCAUGGCCCACAAACUAUAGCUCGAGCUUCUCCGCUUCCCCUUCCACACGCGCGAGUCACGUGCGUCAUACUGUAGCAUAAUAGGGACCGAAAGGGGUCGUAUGGAGAGGAUAGGUGGAUCGCGGAGUCAGAAGGAAAGACGGGAAGAAGCAACCGUGCGAAGAGGGAGCAGGUUCUCCUCCUCGCAUGCUUCGUGGACGCCCACGGGGCCAUGCCUGUAUUAAUACUAUUCUAGUUGUCGAGGCAAUAAUCUCCAUUAAAAAUUCAAUUUUUAUUUUAUACAAGUCGCAUAUUCGAACAACAUGUCCCAUGUCGAAGAUUCCCAGAGAUGGCUCAAUGAGGUGAUGUCGAAGAUCAUCGAGAACCUCGGACCGAACGCGGACGAAGCUCGAUACGAACUAUCGAAAUCUAUCGUUUUGAUUAUGACCGGCAUAUAUUACGUACGCUUGCAGUUUAAGAAUAAGACAAACGGUCAGAACGAGAAAUUGUCUAUUGUACUGAAAAGACCACUGCAGGAUUUGUGCGGGUUUCGCAUCGAAAAACAGUUUUACAACGAGAUGCUGUUCUACCAAAUGUACGUCCGACCGGACGAAAAUCAUCCGAGAUGUUUCUACGUUAAUGAACGGUUGCCUACCGAUUCAGUGAUCGCCUUAGAGAACGUCAACGAACGAGGCUAUUAUUCCUGCCCAAAACAGUACGACCCUCCUUUGCAGUACACAUUGGCGGCGAUGCGCGAAUUGGGACGAUUUCACGGCAAAGGGUACGUUAUGAAGGAACAGCGACGGAAAGAAUUCUUCGACUUCGUGGAUCGACUUCAAGCUGCCAGAUACACGAAAAUGAUGAACUUCUAUAGAAUCGUAGUAAAUAUUUGUGCUACACGAGGAGUGGAAUAUCUUCGCAGACAAAGUUACGAUGCAAUUUUCUGUGAUAAGAUGGAGGCCUUGCUGUCAAACGGGUUUAAUGAAGUGAUGAUAAAGAUGGAACCACUGGAACCUUUAUCCACCCUGUGCCACGGCGAUUUUACAUUAAGCAACGUUCUCUUUAAGACAGAAAAGGAAGGACAGUAUCGCGCGAUGCUAAUCGAUUUAGCGCUUAUUAUGUAUUCUACUCCUGUCGUCGAUCUUUCUACAUAUCUCUUCAUGUGUUGCACGAAUGAGGAGAGAAGAGAGAAAUUUUCUGACAUCAUGCGGGCCUAUCAUGACGCUCUGAUUGAGUAUUUGCUGGAUGCUGGCAUUCAAGACAUUGAGAAAUACUCGUAUAAUGCUCUGUUGGACGAUUUUAAGAGAGGUGCUCUAUUCGGUUUACUUCUUGCCCCAAUGAUUUUACCAGCAUUAUUCGGAUACGACAGUGUCACAGAAAUACGUAAAAGUUUAAAUUUACGACUUAUUAAGUGGAGACGACUUAUCAAAAUGAUUAAAAACAACUCAAAUUGGAUACAAUUUAACGUUACAAAUUGAACAGUGUAUACCAGCCACAGCUGAUCAUACUGAUAAUGAGUAACAUUAUUUACAUUUUCUGGUUUAAGUGAAUGCCACACUGAACAUAUAGCCAAGGAUUUUUCGCGGAGAUGGAAUAGAUGCUUUCAAGUAUCAAAAUUAUUAAAUUGCUCGACAAUUUAAUAAUAUUAUGCAUUCUGACAUAAUGCAAUAACUAUAUUUCAAGUCCAAUUAACGUGCAGCGCGCAGUACGCAUAAGCCAAACAGUGUAAGAAUUAUUCAGUACUAAUUGUAAGAUUUGCUGCGAGUGAUAUAAGCCAUCUCAUGUUUAUGUUUAACUUUUUCAUGGAUCCGAAUUUCAAACUUGUUAUUAAUCUACAUCGAUUAAUAACUGUACAUGUCAAAAAAUUUGUAUGGAAAUGUUCUUGCUUUUAUUUCAUUUUGUAUCCAUUUUUAGGAACUUUUUGUAAUUUAAGAAAUAUCACGAUUGUCACGAUUUAAGAUUAAGAAAUUAGAUAGGAUCAGAAACAAAAAAUUUUUUAAAUUCUUAAUCCAUAUAAAUGUAAUCUUUGUUCAAACCAUCAUCAAGUUAGAAAACAGAUUUUUACAAUAACAGCAAAUUUUGGAAAAAAAUUGUGAUAUUGUAAUCUUUUCCCGUGACUAUUUCCUACUGCAAAAGUAAAAAAUUGGAAAUUUUAUUUAAUUGUAGUUUGAAUGAAAGAGAAAAAUGUUUUAAUAUCUCCUAAACAUUUUGAAUCAAGUAGAUUAAAACUAGAGGAGUUAUAUGUUAUUAAUAAGAACUUUAAUACGUCAACAAUAUUUCAAAAAGUAAGGCAAACGCAAGAAAU